AUGGGCACUAUUGGAAAGAUUGUCCAUCUCUCUGUUGACCUGGUACUUGUGUCUGCUGUUAUGGCAGGUGUCAAGCGGUCAACUGGUUUAACACUUAAAACUGGAGAAGUUGAAAAUAAGGACGCCAAAAACCUACUGGAAAAGUAUUUAGAUGUUGGCGAAUGGGUCUUUGAUACCAGCGUCUCAUUUAUGAGUACCUCGGGGUAUUUUGAGAGAAAGUGA